GGUCGCCCCCCGAUUGCCACCCAAAGCUUACAUUGCAGCAUUAUAAGUUUCAAAGUCCAAAUAAAUUCGUCCUUUGAACGCAACGCAAAAAAACAUUCGAAAUCAUGCGGCUGGACUUAGGGGCUCUCUGAUGUAACAAAACAAUAUUCUGAUGUAAGAAAAACAGAUUUUGUUUUUGGAUCAAGCCCUAUCAAUAAUUCCAUUUUUUUUUCCAAUGCAAACGUAGCCAAACUUGUCUUCAAUCAACUUGGGUUAAUGAGUUCAUCUAGAACUGUAAUGUCCCGUCCUCCAUGCAUUUAAAUACAGAAUAUGCAUUUCAUCUUAGCAACCCAUGCCCUAUUCCUUCGCUUACCUAAUUAGCCUACAAUGGAUGUUGUUGUUCCAUCUGCCAGCACUGCCACUGCUGUUCUGCUUGCCAUUUUAUGCUGCUUUCUACGACGAAGAGCCACAGCUGCUAAGGGACUGAAAGCUCCCAAAGCUGCCGGUGGUUGGCCUAUUUUAGGCCACCUACACUUGUUUUCCGGACCCAAACUACCCCACAUAACACUAGGAGCUCUAGCGGAGAAGUAUGGUCCGGUCUAUUCCAUUCGGUUAGGCGUGCACCCAACUCUGGUGGUCAGUUCGUCAGAGGUGGCAAGGGAAUUAUUCACAACGAAAGACACAGUAGUGGCCUCGCGGCCAAAAUUUGUAUCAGCUAAACUCUUGGGCUACAACUAUGCCUUGUUUGCGCUCGCUCCCUAUGGCCCGUACUGGCGUGAGUUGCGCAAGAUUGCCAUCUUAGAACUACUAUCUAAUCGCCGGCUCCAGCUACUCAAACAUGUGUUCAUUCUCGACGUGGAGACUUCUUUAAAGGAGCUGUACAAGGUUUGGGCAAAGAAAAAGAAUGGUGGCGCGGAUCACGUUUUGGUUGAGAUGAGGCAAUGGUUUGGGGACAGGAGUUUCAAUACUAUUCUUAAGCUAGUUGCAGGGCAAAAGUACUCUGAGAAAAGUGCUUUGGAUGAGAGAAUGAAAAAGGCGAUGAGGCAGUUAUUAGAGUGCAUGGGGAUGUUUGUGAUGAGGGAUGCGGCUCCUUUUCUUGGGUGGCUAGACGUCGGAGGACACGAGAAGUCGAUGAAGAAGACUGCGGAAGAGUUGGACAGUUUUCUUGGGCAGUGGCUAGAGGAGCAUAAGAGGAAGAGGGAUUUGGGAGAGCAUGAAGGAGAACAAGACUUCAUGGAUGUCAUGCUUUCGGUACCUGAUGGUGUGAAUGUUGCAACUUCUGGUUAUGAUGUUGAUACGAUCAUUAAAUCCACAUGCUUGGCUAUGAUCGGUGGAGGCAGUGACACCACCUUGGUUACCUUGACAUGGGCACUGGCACUAUUGCUAAACAAUCCCCAUGUGUUAGCAAAAGCUCGAGAAGAACUGGACAUCUGUGUCGGAAAGGAAAGACUAGUAAGCGAUUCAGACAUUAACAAGCUGGUCUAUCUCCAAGCAAUAGUCAAAGAGACAUUAAGGUUAUACCCACCAGCACCACUUUCAGCCCCUCGUCUAUUCAUGGAAGACUGCACUCUCUCUGGUUACAAAAUCCCGAAUGGGACUUGGCUUAUUGUGAAUCUGUGGAAGAUUCAAACCGACCCAAAAGUGUGGCCAGACCCAUUUGAAUUCAGGCCUGAGAGAUUUUUGACAACUCACAAGGAUGUUGACGUGAGGGGUCAGAAUUUUGAACUAAUCCCAUUUGGGAGUGGUAGAAGGGCAUGUCCAGGGACAUCAUUUGCUCUGCAACUGGUGCACCUCGCAUUGGCUACUUUCUUACAUGCCUUUGAGUUUUCAACUCCUUCCAAUGAGCCAGUUGAUAUGAGUGGCAGUCCUGGAAUUACCAACCUCAAAGCCACCCCUCUUGAAGUUCUGGUCGCCCCCCGAUUGCCACCCAAAGUUUACAUUGCAGCAUUAUAAGCUUCAUUGAUGGUGAUGAAGCUUUUGUUGGAGAGGAAUAAAAAGCUUUACUAUGGAGUUAAUUAUUAGUGUAUUGUACAAAAUGUUGAGUGUGAGUGCCUGUAUGCUUGAAUCACUUACGCUGCAAUCAACUCUAAGACCCAUCUGUAUUAAUAAAAGAUCAACGCCGAAAUAUAUAGAGUUAAUGUUGAUGUAUUUUAAAAAAUAAAAAAUAAGAUAUAUUUGUUAAUAGAGAUCAUAAUUAACUUGUUAAAUGUAAUCUUUCAAAUUCAGUAUUUAAUUUUAAUUAAAAAUGUCAUUUUGGUACUAAAAAAAAACAAGAAGACUCGUGUUUAAAACACUUAUUUGUAGUACACAUCGCAUGACACAAAAGCAGAUCACUCUUUUAUUUACUGAUUUUGUUAUUAUUUGGACUUCCCUUUGGCAUUUUCUUUAUUUAUAAGUUUAAUUUGUCGUUUUGCGGCUCCAUGCUAUUUUUAGCAUCUUGUCAUUUUCCCGUUCGCCCCGUUUUAUCCGGCU